AUGGAGAAAUCCAACAAUUUCCGCAUCGACGCGCUGCUGGCGGUGGACCCUCCCAAGGCGGCGUCGGCGGCUCAGACUUCGCCGCUGGCCUUGGUCACCUCGCUCUCCGGCGGCGGCGGCGGCAGCAGCUCGAGUUCCAGCCCCAGCUCGGGCUGCAGCCCGCCGUCCUCGGCCGAGGCGCACACGGGCGGCUCCUCGGACUGCCUGCGCACGGAGAGCCCGUCCCCGCCUCGCCUCCUGAGCGCGCACUGCGGGCUGCUGCCCAAGCCGGCCUUCCUGGCGGGCGGCGCCGGCGGCGGCCACCACCCCCCGCACGCGCACCCGCACGCCCACCCGCACUCGGCGCUGGGGCUGCACCCGGCGGCGCAGGGCGGCGCCGGCCUCCACCCGCAGGCCGCCCUCUACGGGCACCCCGUGUACGGCUACCCGGCGGCGGCGGCGGCGCUGGCCUCGCAGCACCCGGCCCUCUCCUACUCGUACGCGCAGGUGCCGCCGUCCCACCCCGCCGCCGACCCCAUCAAGCUCAGCGCCGGCACCUUCCAGCUUGACCAGUGGCUCCGCGCCUCCACCGCCGGCAUGAUCCUGCCCAAAAUGCCCGACUUCAACUCCCAGGCACAAUCCAACUUGCUGGGCAAGUGUCGGAGGCCCCGAACUGCCUUCACCAGCCAGCAGUUACUGGAACUGGAGCAUCAGUUCAAGCUUAACAAAUACCUGUCCCGGCCGAAGCGCUUCGAGGUGGCCACCUCUCUCAUGCUCACCGAGACACAGGUGAAGAUCUGGUUCCAGAACCGGCGCAUGAAGUGGAAACGGAGCAAGAAGGCCAAGGAGCAGGCGGCGCAGGAGGCUGAGAAGCAGAAGGGAGGAAGUGCUGGGGAGGACAAAGUGGGAGACGAGGUGCCGCUGCCCGUCGGGGGCUCGGAGAAGAGCAAUGGGGGGCGACGCUUACGGGAGCACAGGGACAGUGACCGAGAGGAGGAAGAGGAGGAGGAGGAGGAGGAAGAAGAGGAUGACGACGAAGAGGAAGACCGUUCUGGACACUGCUGCCCUUAUGGCUCUCCUGACUGCUCUGACGGGGAGGAGGAUGGGAGGCAGCCCCACGGCAGGCAUGGGGGAGCCCACCCCCAACUGCCUCCUGCUCCAGCCCCUUGAAGGCCCAGGUCCCAGGCAGCCAGUGCCUCCUU